CUGUUCCGUCGAGCGUCCCGUGCGGCUCGUCGCUCGUCUGGCCCGACGCGGCUGGCGCUGGCAGUUGCUCGUCGUCCCGCCGUGAGGCAGCAUCUCUGCGGACCGCUCGCCGCUUCUGUGCAUCACCCCGCCACCACCAGGGAUUUGUCUCCGCGCUUUCUUCGAUCGUCGCACGUCACCAUCCUCCAGUGAAAGGUGUCUGCUGGCCUUCGCGUGUCGAAAUGGACGCAGCAGAAGGCUCUGACAGCGAUUGGAGUGAUUGCACCACCCCGGAGUCCAGCGAAAGCCCUGAAAGCGAAUGGACUGACGACUCAAGUGAAGGCUCCGACUGUGACCCAGAUAGUUGUUCUUCUGCCGCCGAUUCCGACAGUGACUGCUCCCUAAGUUGUGCAGGCAGUGACGGUGACUCCGAUGAGGACGACGAAUCUUCAUCUGGUUCCGAAAGCUGUCGGCCUUAUAGUGGAAAGAAAGUGCAGCGCCUACGUGAUCUUAUUCGGUCGGGCAAGGAGCUAGCCGUGUCGGAGGAUGCCCCUUUGGAUGUUCCUGAGGAUCUGCGACAGGACUGCCCGUUGCUGCGGCUGCCUGGGCUCGUGCUGCGGCUCGUGUGCCGGCAGCUGAGCGGGCGCGACCUGGUCCGCCUGGGGCUCGUGUCGCGCGGGUGCCGCCACGUGGCUCGCCACCCGGCCGCCUGGGGCCACGUGCGCGCCUCGUGCUCGCCCCUGCUGGCCGUGGCGCCCGCCCUGCGCUCGCUCGACGUGGGCUACAGCUGGCCGCCGCCGUUCCCGCUGCGCCUGUGCACGCGCCGCGUGCGCGAGUUCACCCUGGACAUGGAGCAGGAGUACACCGAGGACGGCGAGGAGCUGGACUGGGCCGCGGUGGUGCGGACCCUCAGGCACUACAAGGGCCACCUGCAGGUUGUCCAUCUGGGAUGCUUAAAGAAUGUCAAAUUUCUCCACGCAAUUGAUGGGCUUCACAUCAAGGAGCUGUACGUAGGAAACUGCCUAGUCAAGGUCUAUCCAGGCAGUUCCAAAGUGGUCAAGACGCUCAGCUUCUGGCAGGAGACGAGCUCUGAUGUUGCAAUCGAGCUGCUGAAGGCGUGUCGCUCUACUCUGACCACUUUUAAGAUCGACGGCUUCCGCCAAUACAAGAACGAGGUAGCGUGCGAUGGGCGGGUAGGGCGAGCGCUCAGAUUGUGCAAGAAGCUGAUGACUGCGAGCAUUCCGUUGUGGGGCAAGGUGAAUGUGGCGCGUGACCUUCCAGCUGUCCUUUCGCCGUUAAAAAAAUUGAGACAUCUUACUCUGUCUGUCGCCCGCGUUCCAAGUCCUGUGUUCAAAGCUCUUCAGUGCGGCAUUCUGCCUGAUCUUGAACAGCUUGAGCUAAAAUUUUGUGGAGUGACAGCCAAGGGGCGCGGCGCGCUGCGCAGUCUCGUGGCGGCCCGGCCUGGCCUCGUGUCAGAAUACAAGGUCUCUCGCGCUUCCUUGGACGAGGAUGGCGGCUGGUUCUCGCUCGGAGGUCGCUGCAAGAAGGCCAUUUGUGCCGAGGGGUCGGACUGUGACGAGGAUGACCCGGUCGACAGCGACGAGGAGGCUGAAGUUGAGGCCGAUGAUGAGGAGCCCAUCGACUUCGAUGGGCCAAUUAUGAAUGUUAUGGAAAGACUGAUGAAGUUGGCGCCUGACCCCUUCGACGCUUUCAUGGCCAUGGGGGAUGGUGAAGACACUGACGAUUUCGAGGGCACAGACGAUGGUGACUGUUGACUUCAUCAAGCCAUAAUUAGUUUUACUGAACAUGUCUGAAAGUCACCUAGGUUUUUGUUAUGUUAAAAUUAUCAAUCAGUUUAUGAUAUUUCAUCAUUGAGUUAGGAACUACAGUUUAAAUGUAAAUCAUUUUUGUUCCUAAAAAGGAAACGUUUUUGAGCACAUGCAAACCAAAGAUGCAAUUUUAUUCCUAAAUCGGAAAAAUUCUGCCAAGAUUGACACACUUUGCCCAGAUUUUGGGACAAAUUUGCAUCUGGUCAAAAUUGCCUGAAGACGUUUCUCUUUUAGGAACAAAAUUGUCUCUUAACAUCUUGAGUGUAACUAAAGAACUUCAUUCAUUUUAUAAUGACAAUAAUAUCCGGUGAAUAAAUGUUAUAUUCUUCAAAAUAAAAGUUAA